CAGCACCUCCACUCGCAGAACGUCCUGCACCGCGACCUGAAGCCCGACAACAUCUUCGUGGGCCCCAACGGCAUAAAGCUGAUCGACUUCGGGUCGGGCCACUGGGCGAAGGACCCCCCUCCUCGGGGCGGGGGGAGGCACCGUGCAGACCAUGGCGCCGGAGGUCAUCCUGGCGCGCGGGGACGACUUCGACGCGUCGGACCCGAACCAGGUGGAGUCCAGGGGCCCGGAGAUCGAGUACAAGAAACGACCCUUUGGCAUUCAGAAGUACAAGGCCGGGAAGGACGGAAAGGGUUGCCGAGUUACACUUGUCAGGACAUGACGGCAUCCCGAUAUCCGGGCGACCCUCUCGGGCAAGCCUUCCUGGCAGGUGUCAAGGAGGAGUGGGUCGUCUUGACCGUGAACGGGCAAGACGUGACCCAGAUGGACUUCGACGACAUUGUCGACCUCAUGGGCGAUCGGCUUCUGGACAACUCCUCGCGCGGAGCGUUCGAUGGGUCUUUCAGGGUGACUGGUGACAACAAGGGCAAGGGCCAGGUCUUGCCGAAGGUUGUUAAGGUCGACCUGCCCGCGAAGAUCCUCUACGGCAAGAUGAAGCCGCGCCCCUAUGGCCCGAAGGCGGACGUGUGGAGCCUGGGGGCGGUGCUGUACCAGAUGGUCACCGGCAAGCCCCUCGCCACGAGCGAGCCCGCCGUCCUGGCCGGCAGGUAUGAGCCCGCGGCCGGCAUCUCGCAGCAGUUGGCCGGACUGCUGGGCAGGACGCGGCAGGGCUGCACACACCUGCGCCGGAGGCCACCUUGCAGGAGGUGAUGACGCACCCGUGGGUGCAGUGAGCAGCUCUUGUUCCCGCUCGCGCUCCAGCGCUUUUGUCUCUGGCUCCUCCUCCUCGUUGUGCCCCGCAGCCAGAUCGCGCGACCAGCAGGGCGAGCGCCGAGUCGCCGCGACAGCAGAUCCCGUGUCGGCGGAUCAUCUCCUAUUUUGAUCAUUUUUAUUUUUCGGAACGCAGGGCGUGGACUGGCUGACCGGAGAUGUGCGCGGGAGGCAAAACAGA